CUGUAUAUAAACAAGGAGAAUACAAGACUUGCAACACAGUCUGCAACGACUCAAGCGGUCAGUAUUCUUUCAUGUAGAUCAAAAAUACACCAUAAAUAGACACAUCCAUGUGAUUAUCGGCAUGUCUACUUCUGUAUUCGAACCAUAAACCUUGUUGAGCGAACAACGAAUUAGCGCUUAUUGAAAACAAGCUUGUAUAGCUCACCCAUACCAGUUCAACAAAUUGCCAAAAUGCGGUUUCUUUAUCGUCUGGUACUGAUUGUGGUCUUGAUGAUCAUCAUAUCGUACGUCACCAUACACGAGUAUAAUGAUGACAGUGAAGUGGUCAAGCCCGAAGAGGUGGUUUUUGCACCUUCUGCAUUAAAUAGGUUGGACGAUGUGGCCAGGACUUGUGAUGUUACUUCACCAAUUAAAUGGCGUGAACGGAGGCUACCGGGUCAACACAGGCUGGGAAUAGUAGUACCAUAUAAAAACAGAAUGAAGGAGCUUCAAACGUUUGUGCCCCACAUGGAGAAGUUCUUGAAAGCCCAGGGCGUCGACCACGAAUACUUUAUCACCAACCAGUUAGAUGACUGGAGGUUCAACCGAGGGUCACUGCUGAACAUUGGGGCCAUCAUGAGCGGUGCCUUUGACUGUGACUACAUUGCGCUGCACGAUGUGGAUCUGUUGCCAAAUCAGAUUGAGCUGAACUAUAGGUUUCCCGAGAAGGGCCCGUACCACGUGGCCGCCCCCGGGCUGCACCCCAAAUACAAAUUCAGCAAAUUUUUGGGUGGUAUUCUGAUAAUGUCCAAAGCAAACUACAUGCAAAUCAAUGGCUUCUCCAACAAGUUCUGGGGAUGGGGCAAGGAGGACGACGAGUUCCGCCGGCGGAUACUAUUGCAAGACCUUCAAAUUUACCGGCCACCACAACUGAAGUCUGGACAGAAAAGCACCUUCAUCCACAUACAUGGUGAGGAGAGGGAGCGUGAUACGAAACGGACGGGCGGGCAGCGGAAGAUAUUUGAUACGACCGAUGUCACCAAUGGAUACAACACCACUACCUGGGAUGAUGCGUGCAUCAACCAGAUCACGAUAGCCAAUCGACAGGUGAACAUGGUGGAGGUCAACCUGAUGUGUGAUAAGAAGGAGACACCGUGGUGCGAGCCUGGUCUGCCCGAGGAUCCGUUGACGCCAGAAGAACUAGCCAAGCAAGCCAAGCAAGAGGCCAAGAAGAGGAAGCGAAGGCCUUAAUCCCUGCGCUAUAGUACGAGGUAGUCAGUAGGGGAGGUACGGGUCUUUCGUCCCCCUCGCUCCGCUGUGACUAUAUCGCAUUGACGCACAGAUGAGACUGCUGAAGCUGGGUCUACAGAUCCUCACCAAUCGCAGACUAGCCCCUUGCAGACCUGGCGCGGUCUGUGGCCACGCUGGGGUGGUCAGACCUGCACUACCCAAGGCACGUUGGGUUGGAAGGCACUGCAACGGCUUGUGUUCGAUGCAUCUGUGGGUGGCUAAUCAAAUAUUAGUAAGAUACUGAUCCGGGCGUGAUCAUGGCUGUAAGUGUGUGACUAGUAGUCAAGCAACAAAGUGCCCUGUUAAGAUCUGUUUGAGGACCGGCCCUGUGAGGAUGAAUUUUAGGACCGGACAGGAUAUUUUGUAGCAGCCUGCUGGACGAGAAAGCGGACCACCGAACCAUGCUUCGCCGCAAGAAAUGCCCACAGUAAGGUUUAGCAACCGAGCCA